UGCCAGUGCCAUUCCAACAUCACAAUUCACAAGACAAAAGCUAGCUAGCUAGACGAUCCAUCGACAAUGGCGCCGACGAUGAUGAUGAUGAGCGCCGGCAACGGCGGCAGGGCCGCCGGGCACGUGCGGUCGGCGAGCGUGCCGACCCAGAGGAACCCGCUGCUGACCCACGUCGACGACCAGCUCCGCGCGCUCCGGUCCUGGACCUCCGACCCGGGCCAGAACCCACUGGCGCUCGCCCACGUCCGGGCGCUCCUCUGCGUGCUCGACGAGCUGCUGGAGCACUCGUACCUGCCGCUCGCGCUCGCGCCGGCCGACGCCCUGCUCGACGGCUUCCUCGCCCUCGCCGACGCCUACGGCUCGUUCCUCGCCGCCCUGCUCGCGCUCCGCGGCCACGCCACCGAGCUCCGCGCCGCCGUGCGCCGCCGCGACGCCGGCAAGCUCGCCUCCGCGGCCCGCCAGCAGCGCCGCGCCGCCAAGGACCUCGCUGGCCUCGCCGCCGCAGUCGCCAAGUGUGUGCCCGCGCCAACACACGCUGCCUCCGCCUCCGCCGCGUCGGGUCUCGACGUGGCGCGCACCGUGGCCCGGGCCGUGGGCGACACGGCGGCCGCGUCCGCGUCCGUCUUCCUCCAGGUCGCCGCCCUAGCCGACGCGGCCGCGGCCACGGCGCUGGCGUCCUCCUCCGCCACCUCGCCCAAGACGCGGCUGGCGCUGGUGGGCGGCAAGAAGCCUGCACCUGCCGGCGAGGACACGCACAGGGACGCGGCGGCGAGGCUGCUGGAGCUGGAAGAGUGCGUGGGCGAGCUGGAGAGUGAGAGCGAGAAGGUGUUCCGGAGCCUCCUGCGCACCAGGGUCUCCCUGCUCAACAUCCACACGCCAACAAUUUAGCUUCACAUUGCUAUACACACGCAUACACACACAAGAUUAAUUAAGAGAUUUAGAUUAUUCGUUUAGAUUAUAAUCAAUAAUUGGAGCUUAAUUAAGCCUCCUGCCGUGCAGAGAUCUCAUUUCAGGGUAAAAGGAUUACUGCAAUAUAUUUGGCACACAUCAAUUGGGCAUGUAACCACUGGUUUGCAUUUCCUGUUCCAUAAUAUACUACUGCCCCGAUCCAAAUUAAUUGACGUCCAAGUUGUACUA